AUGGACUGGCGAGCAUUAUCUUGGCUGGAUUCUUCGGUGGUAUUGCGCUACUCACUGUCGGUUGUCAGACUUUGGGCGGGAUGUCUUAUUCGACGACGAGCUGACUGGGAUGAUCUGUUUACUGCGCUGUCUAUAAUUCCCGUCAUCGGACUAGCCAUUCCUCAGAAGUAUACGGCGCAAACCUGCAUACAUGGGACAACCCCCUCCCCCCUUGACCUACUAGCGCAACGCAAGAUCGCCCUCUUAAUGGAGAUGCUCUAUGUGAUCGGGUCCGGGGCUCGUCCAAAUCUCAGUCCUCCUGUUCUACCGCCGAAAAGGCUUCCGGUCAAUAUCGCGCGUCUUCAUGAUCUCCACGUGGGUCAGGAUAUACUCCGUCGUCGGCAACAGUAUCGCCUUCAUGGUAGUCAUCUUCGGAUCAUGCAAACCGCUACACGCGUACUGGGAUCGGGCCAACCCAGUCGGGGGGUGCUGCGCGUGGAACCAAGACUGCUUUCAGCAGGAGUACAAUUCGGAAGUCAGACUCGGCACAGCGGUCGAGACGAGCUUCGUGGAGUGCAGUCAAGCUGGCCUAGGCUGUGCAUUCUAAAUCGUCUGCUGAAUACCCUGAUGACCCGCAUGACAUAG